CCCAAGAGUGCUUUCCCAAUAUCAGCUUCCCUUACUUUAAUCCACGUCGAGAAUACAGCACGGAAUCAAAAACCCAAGAUGCCUGAAUUCGUAUCCCCAAACGUCAUCAAAGCCGACGGAGUCUGGCAAAUCGAAGGCAAACCCCGCGAAGAUUUCAAAGUCGUACAAAUCUUCCACCCCUCGAAUCUCCCCGGCAAAACUAUGAUUCUCGGCUUCAUCGACAUCCCACCCAACGGCGGCACCCCAUCGCAUCGCCACGGCGGUGCCGCCAUCGUCGCCAUCCCGAUCGCGGGUACUUGCCUCAACCAGAUGAACAACAACGAGCCGAUUGUGUGCAACGUGGGAGAUUUCUGGUUUGAGGCGCCCGGUUGCCAUCACCAGAGAUGCGAGAAUGUGGGCGAGGAGAAUGCGAAGUUCUUUGCGGUGCUGGUCGUGGAUGAUGAGGUGAUCAAGGAUGGGUUUGGAGGAAUUUUUGUGCUGGACAAGGAGGUUGAGGCGGGGGAGAAGGAGGCGUCGGUGUAG